AUGAUGGAAAGAGUUCUGGCGCAACAUGCUCAAGAGCAUCCAGACGCUAUGGCCGUGCUGGACGGGCCUCCAGCCCUCACGUAUGGGAUACUGCUAGCCCGUGCCACAUGUCUGGCGGACAGGCUUCAGCUGAAAGACAAGGUUGAGGCGGAAGAGCCCGUCGGCAUUCUCCUCAGCCCUGGCCUGAGUCAAGUGGUGGCCCAAGUGGCCGUCCGUCUCGUCGGUGCAUCAUGCGUCCCUUUCGAGCCUAACCAGCCACCGAAGCGGAUCUAUGAAUUGUUACGUGAUGUUGCCGUCAGACGAGUGAUCAUUGAGGAUUUGUCUACCAACAGGUAUCAAGGCUUCGACCUUUACCCGAUGGGACACCUCGAACCGGCGCUAUUCCGCCACGAUAGUCACCUGGUUACCCAGAAAGACUGUCUCCAGAAAGAGGAUGGACGCAGUCACAUUCUUUUCACAUCGGGGUCUACGGGAAAGCCGAAACCCGUUCAGAUCCAGACAAGCAGCAUCCUCCAUCUGGCAAUGAAGAACAACAUGACUCCGCUGUCACAUACCGAUCGCGUGACCGCAUUCAACAAUCCUGGUUUCGAUCUGAGUCUGUUUGAGAUGUGGGCUACGCUGAUAGCCCGGGGGACUAUCGUGGUCCUGCCAAAGGGAGUCGCAACCGACCCAAGCCGUCUUCCUGCCUUUUUGACUGACACCCGAGCGAGCGUGAUGAUCAUCCCAACGGCCCUCUUCAAUGUAAUUGCGUCAACAGCCCCCAAUGCAUUUUGUGCUUUGCACCAUGCGAUAACAGCUGGCGAGGCAGCGAAUCCACGAGCGCUGCGAUCUGUCCUUGAGAAGGAACCUCCAGAAAACCUGUGGAAUGGAUACGGUCCUACCGAGGGGACUACCCUGACCAUGUACAGGGUAACCUUGUCGGACUGCCUGGGAGACCGCAUCAGCAUUGGCCAGCCCAUUGGAAAAGCAAUUGUUUAUCUGCUAGACGAUAACCUGGAGCCUAUCGAGGAAAGUGGCAUCCAUGGCGAACUAUGUAUUGGCGGGCCGGGAAAGUCAGCUGGCUAUCUCCACCGGAGCCGUGAGAAUGAGGAAAGAUUUAUCAAAAUACUUAUUUCAAACCGGCACACAAAAGGCCCAGGUAUAAUUGACGGCACGACUGUCGCUGGUAGUUCAAUUGUCGAACUGUAUCGGAUUGGUGACAUCGGCCAGUGGCGACGGGAUAAACCAGAAUUCCUUGACUACAUCGGUCGUCGCGAUACACAGGUCAAGCAUCAAGGAUUUCUCGUCGAACUUGAGGAAAUUUCGCGAAUUACGGAGUCGAACCCACUUGUGAAAUCUUUCGCGUAUAUCAUCCCCAGUGGCGGCAAUAAGCAGAAUCAAGACGCCAUCUUUCGAUUUGCACAGGAAACCCUGCCGUCCUACAUGAUCCCGGAGCCAUUUGAACGAAUCAUGACCUUUCCUUUGACGGCAAAUGGUAAGUUCGACCGCCAGGCUCUUCUGGACAGUUAUGCACAAGGCUCACGUGAAGGCGAGGCUGGAGGGAAGCGGAACGUCUUUAAUGGCACAUGUAUCAGCACCAACGGCAAGGACACGAGGUCUGUUCUGGCGAGAAUAUGGGAGGAGCUACUUCAAGUGUCCCGCCCCAAGCCCGAGCAAGAUUUCUUUCUCUUAGGUGCCUCGUCCAUUCAGGCGGCGGCUCUGAUAGCUCUCAUACAACAUCGGCUGGAAAGCCUGAUUACCAUGGAUGAGCUACAUGCGCAUUCCCGCUUCUCAAGUUUGUGUGAUUUUCUUGACGCCGGGCAGGCGCCCGUAGAAGAUAGACACAAGAACGCCCCAGAUCAUACUAACUGGGAAUCGGCAGCAGAAGGACGCAUUUUCCUCACGGGUGCGACUGGAUUCGUGGGAGCGCAUAUCCUCCGCCCACUCAUUGAGAGGCCGGGUGUGAAGCAAAUCGCGUGCCUUGCUCAAGCUAGGAACGGUCAAAGCGCCGUUGCUAGAGUGCAGAAGGCCAUGGAGAAAUACUGUUUGUUUCCCGACUCCUUGGAGCUCCCCCAGAAGAUCUUGGUUCUGGAGGAAGACAUUGGCGACGAGCAGCUUGGGCUUGGAUCCACGCAGUUUAAUUGGCUGGUCAAUUGGGCCAGUGUGAUCUUCCACGGUGCAGCCAAGGUCAACUUCUGCGAGUCUUACCAGGAACAUCACCGCGACAACGUCAAAGGGACACGGAACGUUUUGAACGCUGCAGCGCUCGGUCGCCGCAAGGCGUUCCAUUUAACAUUACAUGUCGAGUAUCGAUGUCUUCGGCCCAUCGGGCAUGAUUCUAGGCACGCGAAGCAUCCCCGAAGACAGUCCACUGAUAAAUCACCUGCCUGCCUUGCGAUACGACCUUGGGAAAAGGGCCUUCCGAUCGCCAUCUACCGUCCCGGCUUUAUUAUUGGAGAUAGAGUCACUGGCGCCAGUAACCCUUAUGACUUUAUCACGCGAUGGAUUGUCGGGUGCAUCGAGAUGGGGACCUUCCCGCGAAUAGUUGACAUGCGGUUCGAAUAUUGCACGAUCGACUUUGUCUGCUCCUCGGUGCUCCAGAUUGCGUCAGAGAACAGAAAUCUUGGUCAAGCCUACCACAUCUUGUCCCCCGACCGGACCAAGUGCUUGACCGUUGAGGAUACCAUCACUCUCCUCCACGAAGCCGGGUAUCCCGUGCGGAUGAUUGAUUACAGCGACUGGGUGGAGCAGGCAGUCAAGUCAGGCACGUCGGAAGGCUCACUCGCGCCGCUGAUGCCCGUCCUACAGGAGCGAGUGCUUGGAAAAUUGACGCGCUGGGAAUGCGCUCAGUUUUCGCCAGUAUAUGAAUGCACGAAUACUGUUCGUGCCCUUGCCGGUUGCCCUGAGGCACAGUAUAAACCAUUUACCAUCGAUGUCUUGAGACGCUGCAUGGCAUUCUGGAAGCGAAAAGGAUUCUAUGAUGUGUAA